CUAACGAAAUGAAAUAGAGCUGCUACUAUUGCUGCGAAAAUAGCUAAGAGGUAAAAACUCGACACUCGCAGCUCCAGUAUCUCUCACCCUAAAUGCUUGCUGAUGCUCUUUUCUCCAUCUAAGGUAAUCUCUCAUCUCUCGCUUGCUCAUCUUCUUCAUGGAUCUGCUGCUGCUUCAAUUCUCACUUUCCUUCAACUGAUGUUUAUGUCUGUUUGAAACUCUAUACAAACAGAUCCAGCGAAAGCUGUUAAUCUCCCUGUUUCUUGUGAUUUCAACUUUUCUUGGAGCUUUUCUCGAUUUUUCGUCGCGAAAUACAUUCAAUUCAGUGAUUUCUGUUCUCUUUUGCUUUGAGGAGGCGGAGAAUUGAGCAUUAUCUUCUAUUCUGUUCUGGCAUGAACAGUUGACACCUUAAAAUCUGUUGUUGAAUUUGAAUCAGUGUAAAUAGCGAGAAAGUGUUCUGUUAGAGUAGCCAUGUCAAGGAGGCCAGUGAGUUCCACUCGCCGUUUUGUGGACAGUGGAAACUUUCCUUUUGCCGGUGCUCUACAUUCAAAGUCACGAUCUUCUCCCAUACUCACCAUUGGUCUUGUAGUUGUGGGAGCUUUUCUUAUCAUCGGCUAUGUUUGUAGUGGCUCAGGUAAAUUUCAAGGUGAAGCAGUUAGUAGAAUUGAAGGUGACUAUUCAUGCAUGUUAGAAGUACAGAGGGCAAUACCUAUUCUCAAGAAAGCAUAUGGUAGCAGCAUGCACAAAAUAUUGCAUGUAGGCCCUGAUACUUGUUCUGUAGUAUCUAAACUGUUGAAAGAGGAUGAAACUGAAACAUGGGGUGUGGAGCCAUAUGACAUAGAGGAUGCAGAUGCAAACUGCAAGAGUCUAGUGCGCAAAGGCAUUGUCCGUGUGGCUGAUAUCAAGUUCCCUCUUCCCUAUAGACCAAAGUCAUUUUCUCUUGUUGUUGUGUCUGAUGCUCUUGAUUACCUAUCUCCGAAAUACCUGAACAAGACUCUUACUGAUUUAGCAAGGGUAGCUGCUGAUGGUCUUGUUAUUUUUGCAGGUUCCCCUGGUCCUCAAAGAGCUAAAGUUGCAGAAUUGUCCAAAUUUGGGCGGCCGGCCAAAAGGCGGACUUCAUCUUGGUGGAUUCGCUUUUUCGUCCAAACAAACUUAGAAGAAAAUGAAGCUGCCAUUAAGAAGUUUGAGCAGGCUGCAUCGAAGAGGUCAUAUCAGCCAGCAUGCCAAAAGUCUGCUCUGGAAGAACAUUUUUAUUUUGGGAUAAGCGAAGAAGUAGAGUUUAGGAGCUGACCAUCAUCAUCAGUAAUCCCCAGAAGAACAACGACCUUCCUUGAACUUGAAGCAAUGAAACCUAUGGCCGUAAGCAGCAAUGAUUGCAUUGCAAGAGAACACAUUGGUUCAGGAACUUUUAAAAAGAAAUCGAGGAGAAGUUCACCUCCUGUUAAGUUGAUUGCUGCUGAAGGUUGGGAAUGGCGCCUGUGGGAUCUAAGAACGCACGCUUUCGGUGUUUAAUGUUGGACCUUGGAAGAUAGAACUUAGGGUCCAUUUCUUCGUGCUUUUGAGCCCAUUUU